CUGGCCAGAGAGGGUACGGCGCGGCUGGUGAAAUGUGAGAGCGGGGGCGGUGCUUCUUUGCUGCCUGACUCUGUUUGUUGCCGCGGCCGCUCCCAAAAGGGGCUGGAAUGUUCCACUCCGUCUUGUGAAGGAUGUGGGUGUGGCGUCCCGGUGCGAGCAGCCUCGGGAUUCACCCAGGGAGGGCGGGAUCCUGCAGUGACUGCCUCAUGGGCCCCACCUACACUCACUGGGCUAGGGCGAGGGAGGAUUUACGAAAGGCAGAUCCGACAGCUACGGCAUUUGCCCUCCCUGUAGUAGUGAAAACAGGGGGUCCAGCUUGGACCCCUCUGGACUCCAAGGCAAUUACUCGCCUUGCAGAUUUGGUUAAAAGUAAAGGUCUGCGCUCUCCUGUGACCAUGUCGGCAGUAGAAGCUCUUAUGGCUUCUAGCCUCCUGCCGUAUGAUGUGGUCAAUCUUAUGCGUGUCAUCCUUGAACCUGUACAAUACACCCUGUGGUAUGAUGAGUGGAAUAGGCUGCUUCAGGUUGUGGUGGCCACUGCCACUCGUGACCACCGCCAUCCAGCAAAUGGCCAGGGCCGGAAUGACAGGACUAAUCUUGCGCGUCUCCAGGGCCUAGCAGAGGGUAUGGUAGGGUCCCCAGAGGGCCAAGCGACAGCACUUAGAGCAGGGGAGUUGGCAGCCCUUACAACCGCAGCUCUUCAGGCCUUGCGAACGGUGGCUAGGGUCGCAGAGCCUGUGUUUCCAUGGACAGAUAUCAAACAGGGGCCCUCUGAGUCAUUUUCCGACUUUGCGAAUCGUUUGAUUCGCGCGGUGGAAGGAUCCGACCUCCCCAAGGAGGUUCAACCUCUGGUCGUCAUAGAUUGCCUUAAACAAAAAUCGCUGCUGGAUGUUCAGCAAAUUAUCAGGGCAGCACCAGGGACCUUGAAUACCCCAGGAGAACUCAUCAAGUAUGUAUUAGAUCACCAGAAGGUUGCACCUCUAACCAAUGAGGGUUUAGUGACAGCCAUGCAAGGGAUGGCUGCUUCGGUUAGCUCGGCGGUUAGGACAGAGGUGAUGGCAGCUGCUUGGGUUGGGGAAGAAAAGGAUAAAGGCCCUUGUUUUAAAUGUGGACAGCGCGGUCACUUUAAAACACAGUGUCCUAAGAGAGUGGGCCAGGAGGGGUUGCAGAGUCAGAAGAAGAGGUGUCAACUGUGCGACAGGCCCGGACAUGUUGCGCACCAAUGUCAAAAGUUCAAGGUUAUGCCGCAGGGAAACAGGAGAGGGAGGGUGCCAAUGGCCCAGGGCUCCUUCCCGUUUCCCUGAACUGGGCCGCAGAUGCUACGCCUACAGCCGCAUUAGCCAUGGACUUAGGCGAGCGGCCAUUAACUAAGGUCAUGAUGACAUUUGAUUUGGAGCUCCCAGUAUCGGGGCCCCGAACGGUGUUUUUUACAGCUUUAUUGGACUCUGGUGCGGACAUUACUGUUAUUGCAGAAAACGACCGCAAAUAACAGUACCGGAAAAAACAGGACCGGAAAAAGAGUCGGCUGGCGACUCUUACAUGGAAAAAGCUUGCCGGGGUGGGGGGUGAGGUACCUACCAAAGUGGCUGAUGCAGGAGUGGAGCUUUCAAUCAUAGGCAGAGAUGGCUCUAUAGAGAAGACUGUUUUCAUUACCCCUACCCUAGCCCCGAUUCCAGGAUCUAUACUGGGCAGAGACAUCCUUCUUGAGCUGGGAGUGAAAUUGACAAAUUUAUAAUAAGGGCCACUGUCCAUCAUUUAGCACUGCAACACGCAAUUCCGUUACGGUGGAAACGGGAUGUAUCUCCCAUUUGGGUGGAUCAGUGGCCCCUUCCAGCUGAUAAAUUGGCAGCGCUUAUACAGCUUGUUUCGCGAGAGCUUAUGGCAGGCCAUGUAGAACUGUCACUUAGUAAUUGGAAUACACCCGUUUUUGUUAUCUGAAAGGCUUCUGGGUCAUUUUGGUUGCUGCAUGACCUUCGAGCGGUUAAUGCGCAGCUAAUUCCCUUUCGUCCGGUUCAGCAGGGAGGACCUCUACUCUCAGCUAUCCCGGAGAAAUGGCCCUUGAUGGUCAUUGACCUUAAAGACUGUUUCUUUUCUAUUCCCCUGGCAGAGCAGGACAGACAGGCUUUUGCAUUUACGGUCCCGGUUGUGAAUAACCGGGGACCCACCCAAAGGUAUCAGUGGAAGGUUGUUCCACAAGGUAUGACCUGCUCGCCCGUGAUUUGCCAACUCGUAGUGGGCAAGGUCAUAAAGCCAGUUAGACGGUCAUUAUUGGACUGUCAAAUUGCACAUUACAUGGAUGACCUAUGGCUUGCUGCACUGACUGAUGCUCAGUUGCGGACAUUGGAGAAGAAUGUAGUUACCACGCUCACUACUGCUGGGUUUGUUAUCUCACAGGAAAAGAUUCAAAGAGAACCAGGAAUUGAGUUCCUAGGAUAUAAGUUCGGGUCCGCGACGGUAAUCCCAGAGGGAUUGGAGAUCAAGCCCCAUGUUACCACCUUGUGGGAUGUUCAAAAAUUAGUGGGGGCUAUGCAAUGAGUAAGAAAUUCAGUAGGCAUUCCCCCACGGCUCAUGAAGCCCUUUUAUGACCAAUUGAAGGGGUCAAACCCACAUGAGGAAAGGGAAUGGACCCCGGAGAUGAAUUCAGCUUGGCAAGAGAUACUGACAGUUUGUUCUACAAAUGCGCUUGCAAGGUGGAAUCCAGAUCAGCCACUGGAAGGCGCAGUAACCAGAUGCCAACAGGGAUCGGCAGCUGUGAUAGGACAUACCCUUAGCUCCCGCCCACGUCCAUUGUGUUGGCUGUUCUCCGCCCAGCCGGUGAGGUCGUUUACUCCGUGGUUGGAGCAAUUGUCCUCUCUGCUCCGAAAGGCUCGCCUCACCGCAGUAAGGGCUUUUGCAAAGGACCUGGAUAUUGUGUACCUACCGGGGGCCUUUUGAAAUGCUCAGCCUUUGCCGGAUGAGAUCUCCUUGGCGGUGCAUGAUUUCAGUGGCUAUGUUGAUCGGGCACUCGAAGGACCCGGAACCAAAGGACACCCACAUGAAGGAAAAGGACCUGGAAAAGGGACCCUUGCUGUCAACGAGAAUUACUGUGCUAAUGUCGUUGUGCCUCUUUUGUCUGUGUUGGUCGCCGGUGGGAAGUACUCACUUGAUCCAGCAGCCUGGGAAUUUGUGGGUUACUUGGGCUCGCCAAACAGGGAGGACGGAUUUCUGCCUAAGCAUGCAAUCGGCCACUUCACCAUUCCGCACGUGCCUUAUAGGGGUACCUUUGAAUUUUUCUACUGAUAGGUUGUUAUAUUUCUGGGAUUAAUGUUGUGUUUGCCAUGUAUCUUUCGAUGUUUGCGAGGUUGUAUACAACGAAUGACUGAGAAAAUGAUCUACACGCAAUUGGAAUAUUGUAGGAUGCAGGAUAAAUUCUAAGAUAUAUGUUGUUCAGGUUUAGCAUAUUGCGUAUUGUAAUGGGGCAAGGCUUCUCUUGGCAUGGGGAGGGGGAAAUGUUGUAUUAGGCGCUUGCGCCAUCUUCGGGUUGUAACGCAUUAGGACCUCCCCCUCCAUAUAUAAGCACGUGUUCGUUCCAUUAAAGCGCCAUUUUGCUGUUCACCA